ACACUCGAUAAGAGGGCAAGCGUCAUUUUGUUAUUUGAAAACUACAAAAAUAUUUAAUAGAAAAUGGAUACUUUGAUUGCGAAUUCUGAUGAUUCAGAACAAUAUCGCUUUAUAUCUCAUGUCGAUUUUAUACGGAUUCUCCGUGAUAAAUACAGAGAAGGUACCAAGAGCACUUUUGAAAACAUAAAGGCACAAGUUGAACAAAAAUGUGUGAGAAAAAAACAACAAGCGGAAAAGGCCACAACCUUACUUAGUCACUGCCGCAAUGUCUUAAGCCAAUUGGAUGAACAACACGAGAUGAUUGGAAAAACUCUUAAAGAGCAUACCGAAUUGGGGAAAAAGCUGAAUGAACAAAUACGCCAACAGACAAAUAGCCUAACCAAUGAGGAAACAGCAAUGCGACAAUUGCUUCAGGAACUAAGGCAACACAACCAAUAAUUAGUUUAGUUUGUGUUGUCAUUUAUAUAAAAAAAAAAUUAAAUAUAAAAUAAUUUAGAAUUUA